AUGGCGACCGAAGCUCCACCAGCCGUUUCUUUGGCGGACCCCAGUGUCAAGCCUCAAGAGAUCUCCUUCACCUUGCCCAAAGCUUUGCAUACAACAGCACAUGUUCACUUGAACUUUUUGGGCCAUUGUGCCAUGAUAUUUCUAGCUACCUCAUCGCCAGGUGAUUCGGGCGGCUCUAUCAAACCAAUGGGAAGCUUCGUCUAUGCGAUGCCUGAUCGCACUUCAUCCAAGUCGACAAUAUCAACAACGCUCUACACAUCACCAUCUAGCAUUGAAUACACAGACCGUAUAGCCAAGAUCCUGGCUCGACGGUUCUCUAUCCCGGUCUACGUUGGCUGUAGUAUUGACCCACAUGGGAUGGGGUUGGAAGUUGCGGAGGAAAUGGAAGGGCUGACCAAGAUCGUCAACGUGAUCAUGGAGAAAUGGGAAGAGCACAAGCAGGAGAUGGCUGAAAAUGCUAAAUAA